AUGAAUCAUCUUUCUCCUACUGGUGGGAUAGUACUUCCAUUUGCCACUAACUCCAACUUGUCCCCCUCCCCUGCCAUCGUAAUGGCAACUGCUGCCUCCAGUCCACCCGGUUCGCCGGUAUCUCUUGACGCCACUACUUCAUUGGCUAAACCUUUACUUUCUCAUCAGUGCGAACCUCUUUUAUCUGCUCUAAGCUCUUCCCGAUUAUCGACGUCCUAUAAAAUACGAAAUAAAAUUGCUAUUCCGCCAUCUGAAUUCAGUUCUGUUAUCGGACCGCCAAGAAAUUUCAGCCAGUCAACGCACUCGUAUCCUGAUUCCCUUGUCCGGACUGACCAAAUACCAUUACAUGCUCAGUCUUCAGAGCGAUUGAGACCAAGUUAG